CGCGACCGUCAGUAGCUCUCUUCUAGUGUGCGUCACAUCGUCGCGUCUCCUGUCAGCCGAAGUUACUCUGAAGCCAGAAACGCCACUUUACUGAAAUAAAGGUCUACACGAGUUUUAAAAGAGGAGUCAAGAACAAGGAUACUAUUUGAACCGUAAUGCCAAAAAUGGUUUCAACUGGGGAUUCAAAAGAUGCGUCAAAGACUUCACAGAGCAAUGGACAUCACACAUUACAAAUAUUUCAUUGUUUAACCACCCUCGUAUGCUUUAUGUUGUCGGCAUCUUCGGUGGCAGUUUGUCUGCUUAUGAACGUCAAAACAUCUCAUCUUGAGCGUAAAAUUGAGGUUCUAGAGAUGGAGCGACUGUCUGUGAUUCAACCUGUGCCCGCGACUUUUCGGGAUGCGAUAGAGAAACUUGUGCAAGAGAGACUAAAAGAGGGAGUGUCGAAAAUUCGCACAGCUCGAGAAGCAGCGCAAGACUGCUCGUGUCCUCCAGGUCCUCCAGGAAAACGUGGAAGAAAAGGCAACCCUGGAAUUCCAGGCCCUCCAGGACGAGAUGGCUACCCGGGUUCAAUGGGUAUGGAUGGUAAGCCUGGACCUCCAGGUCCAAACGGCAGUCAGGGAAUGCCGGGACUAAAAGGAGAUAAGGGUGACCAGGGAGACAUGGGUCCCAGGGGACCACCGGCCUACACUGCCUCUGCAGGCCUGCUCAGUAAUCAGAUUCUCACGGUUAAGGGUGAUCAAGGUCAGGCUGGGCCCCCAGGACCUCCAGGAACACCUGGUCCCAGAGGGCCUCCAGGAAGCACAGGCAGAGAUGGGCCGCAGGGCCACCCAGGAGAGCCGGGUCCUCCUGGAAAAGAUGGAUAUGAGGGACCAAGAGGGCCACCUGGCAUAGAGGGUAUGAAUGGUGUCAAUGGCAUGCCUGGCCCACAGGGCCCUGUAGGGGACAAGGGGGAUAAGGGUGCACCAGGUACUGAAGGGAAGAGAGGGACUGAUGGAUCCCCUGGCAUGAAGGGUGAAAAGGGGGAUGGUGGAGAUCCAGGACCCCAGGGAGAGAAAGGAGCUACUGGCUUCAUAGAAAAUGCUGAUCUGGAUGUUAGACUCAAAGCUCUACAGGGGCUUCCAGGACCUCCAGGAGAGCAAGGGCCAAAAGGAGAAAUAGGCUUAGCUGGGGCACCAGGACCUGAAGGAAAGCAGGGCCAUAAGGGAGAGAGAGGUGAUGCAGGAGUGCCUGGAGCAGCAGGAGCAAAAGGGGAAAAGGGGGAAAUUGGACUGAUAGGGCCUUCAGGCGAAGCAGGGCAAAAGGGAGAUAAAGGAGACUCUAGGCUUGAGGACAAUCUGGCCCAGAUUAACUCUUUGCCUGGCCCGCCAGGGCCACCUGGACCUGCCGGAUAUCAUGGAUUGCCUGGACCCAAGGGAGAGCCUGGUGAGGCAGUUAAAGGAGUAAAGGGCGAUGCUGGAGAGAAAGGUCCACCUGGGCAACGGGGUCUUCAAGGCUUUCCAGGGUCUAAUGGCUUGGUAGGCCUGCCAGGUGCAAAAGGUGAAAAGGGGAAACAAGGUGAACCAGGUUUAGAUGGUUUCCCUGGGCUUCAAGGAGAAAAGGGGGACAGAGGAGACAAGGGGGAGAAGGGUGACAGAGGUUCAAUAGGAAAAAAAGGUCUGAAAGGACAGAAGGGAGAGCAGGGACCUCCAGGGCUUGAUCAGCCUUGUCCUGUGGGACGUGAUGGGCUGCCCAUACCAGGAUGCUGGCAUAAGUAAUGACUAACCUGGAGCAUGGAGUUUGUACAUAUUGAUAUAUAUUUUGCAAGUAACAUUUGCUUUUUCUCCCAAUUUUUUUGUCAUUUCUUAUUUAAUAAAUUGGGUUUUCAUAUGGGUGCCCCUGCAAAAUAAUGUCUGUAUCGCUGCAUUAACAAAGAGAGGCUCUCCACUGCCACAAUACGUGUAGAAAAGCAAUGAAGUGAGCAUCAUAGGUGCUGAGACUGUACUGAUAUUGAGAAGAGACAUGAACUCAAUGCUUGUGGAUGCACAGAGAAUGCUGCUGCUGUCCUUAAUGAGAGAACAUAACCCUGAACUUUCUAACAGACUGACCACUGUGUCUGCAAAUGAUUACUUCUUCACUGGCUGUCUUACUUUCCUGGGCGCCAUUUGAAACAACCAACCCCAUCCAUUCUUCGCUAAAUGUUUGCUUUGAAAGGAAGAGGCUUCAGGCCAGGGUGGCAAAGCCAAGCACCCAUCUCAGCCCUAAAGACACUGAAUGGGCUACAUGGAGGGAGUAUGCUUUGCCAGUUCAACUGGAUGCUUCCAGUGAAAGGGCUCACCUGUACUAUAGGGAGGAAUGCAAUGUGGACGUUGCACUGGAUUUGUACUGGUGUACAUAUGGACAAAUCUGUACUCAGGAAACUCUUUUCACUUGGUCAAUAGGAAACGACUUACUGUCUUUUGCUCCAUUUCUCACUAAAAUACACCAGUGGAGUGGUGGAAAAAAGUAACUGAUAUCAUGUAAAGUUGUCGUUAGUCUUGUCUGUUUAUAAGAUCCCUCAUAAACUAAAACAACUUUGGUAUUUUAGACUAUUCAUUGUUUUUGUGGGGUUGUCUGCAUCCUCAAUGAGCAUUAUAUGAAGUGUGUGUAAAUA